AUGGUGAGAGAAAUGGCGAGCCAGGUUUUGGAGAGUUGGCAUCAGGUUCCAGACGGUCGAGAGGCGACGAUCAAGAAGGUGUCUCAAAGUGGGCCAAUGGUCUUUAUCAGUCAACACAGGAACGUCUCCCAUUACGAAAUAUUCCAGCUCUUGACUCCGUCAUCUCGUAUUGUUCUGCCGACUAAUUUCAUCGCCCUGGACACAGAAUUAAUAGCCGUGAAAACUAGCGAGUACCAUUUGACCACUACCAUCAACCAGAACGCACCCGCAAGGAGAUUCGAAAGGCCCGCCAGUAGUAUCCGGUCUCCCGCAUUUCCGUAA